AUGGUUAGCCCACUCAUUGACAAAGGCUACUUCCGUCUCGGCUUCAACGGAGGCUGUUUUCUGAUGUUGGUAUCGAUUUUGAGCACUAGCUGGUGCCAUAAGUUCUGGGAACUGUUAUUUGUUCAAGUGAUCUUGACGGGCAUCGGCAUGGGCAUGGCCUUUGGGAGUGGGAUCCUGGUCCUGCAGUCCUACUUCACCAGUCACUUGGGCAUCGCAGCUGGUCUUACAUCUGCAGGUGGAUCUGUCGCAGAUGAAGAGGGGUCAAGACUUCAGCUGUCCACUGGGGGGGUGGGGGUGGUUAUCAGGAGCAGCACGCCAUUGAGUUCAAGGCCAAAGAAAAUUCUGGUACAUUUAUAG